UGGGUUCUCUCAUAUAGAAUCAAAGCAAUAUAUCAUCUCCCAAGAGUGCUUAUAUAUUUAAACCUUCGCACCCCAUCUUUCCCAUGGAAGCCAAAACACUCCAGUAUAGUUUUGCAAACAUGGCUUCCACCACCACCACAACUCAAACUCCUCCCAGCAACACAAACACCAGACUUUGCUUCUCCAACUAUCUCCAAUCCCUGUCCCAAACACCCCACAGGCUCAGAAAGAGAAUGCUUGCCACCUGGACCCCAGACCAGGAGCUCAACCAAGUGAGGCAAAGGUCAGGGGCUGAUAUGAAGAGAAAACUCAAGUGGUAUGAUCUCAUGGCUCUUGGUGUUGGAGGCAUGCUUGGUGUUGGAGUCUUUGUCACAACAGGUUCUGUAGCCCACAAAACAGCCGGUCCUUCUGUCUUCAUAUCCUAUAUCAUUGCAGGAAUAUCAGCCCUUCUUUCUUCCUUGUGUUACACUGAAUUUUCUGUUCAAAUUCCAGUUGCUGGUGGUGCUUUUAGUUAUCUCAGAGUGACUUUUGGAGAAUUUGUCGGUUAUUUUGCUGGGGCAAAUAUACUCAUGGAGUAUGUAUUGUCAAAUGCUGCUGUGGCGAGGAGUUUUACUGAGUAUUUAUCCUCUGCAUUUGGAGAAGAUGAUCCAAGGACAUGGAGAGUAGAAGUGGAUGGGUUAGUAAAGGGCUAUAAUAUGUUGGACUUCCCAGCUGUUGCUCUUAUUCUACUUCUCACUUUCUGCCUUUGCCAUAGCACAAAGGAAAGCUCCACACUGAACCUUGUUAUGACAGUGUUUCAUGUGGUGUUCUUUGGGUUUAUUAUAAUUGCUGGUUUCUGCAUUGGGAGCACCAACAACUUGGUGAAGCCUAAGGGACUAGCACCUUUUGGUGUUAGAGGAGUUCUUGAUGGGGCAGCUAUAGUUUAUUUCAGUUACAUCGGCUACGAUUCAGCUUCAACCAUGGCCGAAGAGAUCCAAAACCCUUCGCAGAGCCUGCCCGUCGGCAUCAUUGGUUCCGUUGUCAUUACCUCCAUGCUUUAUUGCCUUAUGGCCUUGUCCUUGUGUUUGAUGGUUCCUUACAACAAGAUAUCAGAGAGAGUAUCAUUUUCAGUGGCUUUCAGACAGAUUGGUUGGGACUGGGCAAGUAACGUGGUUGCGGCUGGUGCAAGCUUGGGGAUUGUUGCUUCACUCUUGGUUGCCAUGUUAGGCCAAGCCAGGUACCUUUGUGUUAUUGGAAGGGCGCGGCUAGUGCCAUCCUGGUUAGCCAAGGUGCAUCCUUCAACAGGCACUCCACUGAAUGCCACACUCUUCCUCGGACUCUGCACAGCAUCAAUUGCACUCUUCACUGACCUCGAAAUAGUGAUUGAAAUGAUCUCCAUCGGCACCCUCUUGGUGUUCUACCUUGUGGCCAAUGCUCUCAUUUAUCGUCGAUAUGUGAUCAUCACCAACAACCCCCCAUUUCAAACUCUCUUGUUCCUCUUCCUCCUUUCAUCUAGUGCCAUCGGCUUUUCCGUGUCCUGGAAGCUUAACCAACAACGCUGGGGGUUACCGCUUUUCGGAAUGUCAACAGUUACCAUCAUUGCCUUCUUCAACUACAUGGUACCUUGUGUUUGCCAUCCCACUGGGUGGUCGAUGCCAUUCAUGCCAUGGCCGGCUGCACUAUCUAUCUUCCUUAAUGUGUUUCUCAUGACCACACUAAAGAAGUUCUCAUUCGAAAGGUUUGCCAUAUGGGCAUGUUUCAUAACAUUGUUCUAUCUACUGUAUGGUGUUCACUCGACUUAUAAGGCAGAGGAGAGGGAGAGUACUGGUGUUGAUGAAGUGAAUCCAAGCUCAGCAGUGCAACAAAUAAAGCUAGAUAUUCAAGUAGUUUGA